AUGGACACAGUCGGGCGAGAAGCCAGAGCCGAAGCACGUCGCGGAGCAGGAGUCCAAGUCGCGAGCUCCAAGAUUGUGGUGGAAAAACUCAGUAGAAACGUGACUGAGGCUCAUCUACGAGAAAUCUUUGGCUCGUACGGUCGCAUUGAGUCGAUCGAUCUCCCUCUCAACAAACAAUUCAUGACAAAUCGCGGCACCGCCUACAUUCUUUACGAUCACCCUUCCGGCUCGGAAUCUGCAAUUGCCCACAUGCACGAAGCCCAGCUUGACGGUGUCGUCAUUUCCGAGGCGUCGGCGGUCACCAUCAUACUCCAGAUCCUCAUCUCGGACACCGCCUCGAAGACGUGGUCCACCAGGUCGAAGCCCACCACGGCGCAGAAGACGCAGCCCAAGUUACAGCUCUCGGAGCAGCUACAGUCACAGCAGGAGCAGGAGCAGGAGUCGGUCAAGGAGCAGACCAAGAUAUGGGGGAAGAAGAUGAACUAG